GAAGUUCACAACCAGAGGAGGAGCUGAUAGUGUUUAGAGGAAGAACUGUAACUAUAUAUAAUAAAGAGGAAGACUGACAGAAACAGAAAAUGGCUGAUCAGUGUGAUCUGUGUCUGCUGGGAGUGAUCAUUGUCUCUUCCCUUAUCACAGGUACAAGUGGAGUAAAUGUGACUCAUGUGUUCAUCAGUUCUGGUGAAAAUGUCCAUCUGCCCUGUAAUAAUGCUCUUUCAGACUACAAAUCAACUACAUGGACCUACUAUAACAGAUACAGACAUUCAGCAGCAGUUGAACUGAUUACUGGAGGGAUAAAGAAGAAAGACACAGAGAGACAUGAGAGACUGAGUCUGUGGUCUGACUGCUCUCUGAACAUCAAGAACGUCACAGAAGAAGAUCAUGGAUUAUACAUCUGCCAACAGUAUGUGAAUGGAGGAAAACAAGGACCUGAUGCACAUGUUUUUCUGCAUGUUCUUCAUGUGUCUCCAUCAUCAUCCUCACAGACUGAGAUCAGUCCAGGCCGCUCUGUGACUCUCUCCUGUCAGUUGUAUUCAUAUACUGGAUCCCCCUGUGGUGAUUUGGUUCGUCAUAAAGGACUUCAGCUGUUGUGGGUGAAUCAGACUGGUGUUGAUCUGAAGACAGACUCCAGAUAUCAGAUAUCAUCAGAUCACUGUAUGAUCACUCUGAGUACAACACUCCUGAAUGAAGAUGACAACAGAGAGUGGAGAUGUCAGCUUACUCUCAGAAAUCAACUCCAGACCUCAGUCAGAUACACUGUCAAGUAUUCAGCUCAGGAUGUGUAUGAAUCUACAGUCAGAGUCACAGUGAUUUCUGUCGCUGCAGUCGCUGUUUUCCUUCUUGCUGUUCUCUGGCUGAUCCGCAGAAAAACAGCUGGUAAUAAAAGAGGGACGGCUGACUCUGCAGUCAAAGAUGAGAAUGAACAUAAAGGGACGUAUGAGACGAUCGACAUGUCCACUCCUCCUGCUGCCAGAGCCAAUGAGCAGACAGAUGAUCAUGUGACUUAUUCUGAGGUCACUUCCUCCAAUAAAAAGCCAGUAAAAUCGUUCAGUGAUCAUAAUGAUACAGUGACUUAUGCUGCCAUCAGAGGAGCAGAAGAUGAACCGCAGGAUGAACUUUAUUCUCUGUGAACAAGAACAAGACCUUCACAAAUAAACAUUAAUGACAGAUCAUGAGCUCAUCAGAUCAGGAGCAGACGGCACAUUUUCAUCUCUCUGGUGUUUGGAGGAAUUAACUUAAUUCAGAUAUUUGUUGAAUGUACAAUCAAACAAUUAAAAAGCAAAGUACGGUAAUGUUUCCUAAAUUUUCAACCCAAAGCAGCAGAAACUCUUUCUUUAUAAGUCCUCUCUUCUUGAGAAUGUUUAUUUAGGUAACACUUUAUAAUAACUGCACACUAAAUGAUUCUUUAAACCUACUUAAUUCAAUUAUGGACAGUGGUUUCACACAAGCAAAUUGUUUUUCAUUAACAUUAAUGGAAUUUUUGAGUCUAUGUAAACUUCACGUGUUGUGACAACACAACUGAAUGAGGAUGAGUCUAUUUAAAAUAGUAAUAUCCAACCAAAUCCAUGUAAUUGCUUCCCUGUAACUUAAACUGGUUAAGUUUAGUGGACAUGCUUUAGUUUAUUUAAAACUGGCCAAAUAGGUUUCAUUCAACCAACACAAGGAGAUUUGUUUCAAAUCAGUGAUUUCUAUUUAAAGUAACUCCCUUCAAAGCAGCAUUUAUUUGUGUGUGAUUACCUUGUAGAGACAAAAAAAGACAAGAUGUAACAAGUUAUCAAACUGUAUUUGUCAGUUUUAAACAGCCUGUUUAGUUAUUACAAUCAAGAGUCUUUAAACUUGAGCAAAUGCUUUUAACAGUCUGAUGUAAAAGUAAUUUUAGAUAAUGUUAGAUUCAAAAGACUUCUGCACACUCAGAAAGUGAAAAUUAACCUGGUAAAAAAAAACCUGGUAAAAGAUUUUACAAAUUAUUUUACAAAUUUACACACACACCAAAAAAAUCCUAUAUGCAACCAAAAUGUCCAGAUGGUAGUGUGCUUUUCAGUGCACUUUAUUGGAUAACUUUCUGCCAUCAACUUUUGCAGUGCUUUGAAAGUAUACCUGAAUCCAGGAGGGUAGCUCAAAUUCAGUCCAUAUAUUAGUCCCAUAAACAUGGCUGUUGCAUAUGGGACACUGCUAAGGUCCUGAAGAACAUUUUGCCCCUCUAACACCACUCCAACAUCUGCAAGGCUCUCUUCUAUGUUUGCACCUACAAGUCUUAUGAAAUAAAUUCCCAUCAGAGUCUUCUGAAUCGCCUCCUGUCUGUUGACAACGUCUGUAUCCUAGAGAGGAUAUUUAAAAUAAAAUAAAAAACACAGUA